ACUCGCGAAUCGCAACGCGGCGUAAUCCGAACCUUAAUUUGCGUACAGCCUCUAUAAGUACCGAGUCGCUUCCGGUAGCCUCGGUGCGGCUGUUGUGUUUGCGUUCGUGGUGGUCUCUGCAGCUCGUGCUUGCCGUUAUGCCUGAACCGGCGAAAUCUGCCCCGGCGUCCAAAAAGGGCUCGAAGAAAGCUGUCACCAAAGCCCAGAAGAAGGACGGCAGGAAGCGCAAGCGCAGCCGCAAGGAGAGCUAUUCCAUUUACGUGUACAAAGUGCUGAAGCAAGUGCACCCGGAUACCGGCAUCUCGUCCAAGGCCAUGGGCAUCAUGAACUCGUUCGUCAACGACAUCUUCGAGCGCAUCGCAGGCGAAGCGUCGCGCCUGGCGCAUUACAACAAGCGCUCGACCAUCACGUCGCGGGAGAUCCAGACGGCCGUGCGCCUGCUGCUGCCCGGCGAGCUGGCCAAGCACGCCGUGUCCGAGGGCACCAAGGCGGUCACCAAGUACACCAGCUCCAAGUGAGUUCCUGCCGGGAUGCGGCGCUCGCACGAGGCGCUGAGCCGCUUGACUUUCCAAAGGCUCUUUUCAGAGCCACCCACUUUCUCAGUGGAAGAAGCUGUUAUCCAAUUUAUUUUCAUUUUCUGUUAUGGUUCUUUUCCGUAUCACUUACUCCUUUCGUAGUGUAAAUUUGCUCUCUUCCUUAGGAUAAAGGAAAAAACCCAAGGUAGGACCAGAUUGUGUCGAUCGGUUAAGAACUAGCUAGAGUAAUUGUUCAUUCUCAUGCAAGUAACUUGCCUUUUCCAGUGAAACGGUUAGCGAUGGGUGAUGAUCACUGUAAAUCUACUCAGGAGGAUGGGGUAAAAAGUUACGCAGUGGUUGCUCUGCAGCAAUUACAUUGGGUCAAUACUUUGUAAAUGCAUUUUUCUUGAGCUCAGGAAACUAAAUGUAAUGUUACUGUUUAAAAAAAAAAGCAAUACCUUGACCAGGCCCCAGCACGUAUAGAAAAUCUAUAAGUCGACUAAAAAAAACACAAUCUGCGUUAAGAAUCAAGUUUUAUUCGGCGACUUGCUGAGGACUAAGCCCAAGAGACAGCCUUUCAGAUAGCUCUGAGGGACUGUUCCAAGGCGGUAUGGGAGGAACCAGAAUAUAUACCACUUUUGCAAAAACAAACCAGGUAGUUGAACAUCAAAAGAAUUCUAAUUAAUGAAAAAAAACCCAAACUAUCUCAAGUUAAUAAAUUUAGCACUUCUCUAUGGGAAGGUGAAAGAGUGGGCUGAUUGAAAUCAUUCAUUCGAUAUGCACCUUAACCUCCUGUUUUUCUCCAUCCUGAAUCCCCUCAGGGUGUACAGUUGAGGUGGCUGCAGCGGCUGAUGGCUUGAUGGCCACAACAUCCUUUGAUUACUGAUAUGGCAGGUGACAUUUUUCAUCCACAUUUCAUCUAGACAAUUUUUAGUCUAGACACACGUCGUGUCUCACUUUGCUAUUCCUUUCGGUUAAUAUUUGAACAGAGGCCUGAAUGAAGAAGGAAAGUAAGCCAUAGGAUAUCUUGGAGAAGAGUAUUCUAAGAACAAAAAACAGCAAGUGCAAAGGCCCUGAGGCAGGCACAAGUUUGAGGAGUUCAAGGAAUAAGCAAGGCCACUGUGGCUAAAGCACAGUGGGCAAAGGAAAGAUCUGCAGGGAGAUGUGAUCAGAAAGGUAGUUGAGAGUCAUUAUGUAUGCCAUUGAGUGGCCUCUAGGGCAUUGCAAAGAUUUUGUCUUUAAUUCUAAGUAGGUUAGAGUGCCUUUGGAGAGUUUGAUCAGAGUAAUGACAUUAUUCGACUUAAGCUAAAGCUCACCCAGGAUGUUAUGUUGAAAAAUAGACUAUAGGUGAGCAAGAGUAGAGGCAGGGAGAAUAUCAAAAGGGCUACAGUAAUAGCUCAGGAGAGAGAUGGGUGGUAGCCGUGGAGAUGAUGAAAAGUAGUCAAGACAUAGUUCAAAUGAAACUGAUGAACUGUAUAUAGGUUAUGACAGAAAGAGAGGAAUCAAGGAUUUUU